UUCCUCUUUCUUUUUUUCAAAGUCUAAGUUGCAUGCCUGUAUAUGUUGUCUUGUUGGACUACAUGAGUUUUAAUCAAUCGCACAAAGUGACCAAGCUCUCAUAACUUUCAUAUAUGAUACUCUGCAAUUGUUUCUGAUAUUUUGUAAAUACGUCAAAGGUCAAACUGAAGUUAGGUUUGAACCCAAGCUGUCUUGCUAACUUGUGCUGUUGCCUUUACCUCAGAUAUUGCUAGGCUGAGCUAGAAGCUCCAGCACAAGACAACCAGCACAGAUAUGGUAGAGGUGAAGAGCAAAGUCAUGUUUUUAAACUUCUUUCACCCUGAUACAAUAUAAUCAGGAGUCCAAUUAGUUUUGUCAUGUUAUAUCAAGGUUUUUUAAUUCAUGUUGUCUUAAUGCCCACCUUUUAGUUGGGUUAUAACUUUAAGUCAGAAACUCAAAAGAUAGGCACGUACUACAAAGUAGUAAAAUUGAUGUAAUGCUUCAGUUGAUUUUAUUGUACAUGUAGGUUAAACUAAAAGAGCAAGGUUUAUUAAACAUCAAUCAAGAAGCUCUUGCCAUGCAAAGCUCCUUGAUUAAUGUUUCGUUUUACCCUUAAAAUUUCUUGCUUCGAGGUAUCAGCCAUUCAGCCAUUUCCAGUUAAUCUCAUUACAUGUACUGUUCUCUGAAAGUAGUGUUGAAUAUAAAUGGUCAGCCACAGUAGUCCACUAGGGAUUGGAUUGAAUUCCAUUUAGUUCAUUACUAGUCUCAACCAAAGGGUUAUAAAUCUACUCAAGUUACCUAGUUGUCAUGGUGCUAGCAAUGGCACCCUGGCAACAAAAUGUUUACCUUGUUCAGUUCACCAGCUUUGAAUUCCAUAGAGCUCAACCACUGAAGGAGCUUGUUCAGCAAGUUUGAGAAAAUCAGAGUUUGAAAAAAGAUGACUUUAAUAAGAAUACGAUAUGUUUACAGGAAAAUAAGAUACGAGACUACCAUCAUGUCAGAGAGCUAUAUAUGUAGACUUUAAUUGGAUUAUCAAGCAACAAAUCAUUGUUAGAAACACAAUACGUCAAUCGCUCCCAAUUUCAGUCUCAGAAAAAUAUCGCCAUUGCUUGUCACUGAAAAAACAGAGUACUGCUUCCUGAAACUAUGCAGUUUCCACUUAAGGACAACCUCCAGCCAAUUUAGUAAAUGUUUUGUCAAGAUGGCUUGUGCUUGUUUUGGAAAUACUGGAUGGGACUGUUAGUUUGCUUGUAAUCAGUCACAAUCCAGCAGGGAAAUCAACUAAUACAAGAUGCUGCUUCUAGAAGGUUAAGUAUUUACUGUGUGGUCAAGGGGGAGGUCAUCUGUGUGAGAAGUCAGGAACUACAGUGAAGAUAUUUGCUACAGUGUGUAAUGAUGCUGGAUCAGGAGCAAGCAGGAUGAUAUGCUGGCUGGCUGACUUAGGAGUAUCUUCAUCGAUAUGGAAGUGUUUUAGACUUGGGAUUUGACAUGAUUGAUCAAAGAUGUUAUUCCUUCAACUAAAGAUAAUGAAGUUGUCAAAGUCUAAAAUGCACCUUACGAAGAGAAAAUACUAAUCCUCUUCUGAUGAAAAAUUGACAUCAGCUGUUGCAAUUCGGGAACUCUGUUGACUCAUGCAUAUUUUGUUUGGAUAGAUUUGGUUAGAUGGAAAGCUUACCUUCGGGGAAAGUACUAGCUUACCUUCAGUAAAGUGUUAACUUUAAGCUGACCAGGCAGGACUGAGGAUGCUGCUUCAUGAAAUGGGUCUGCCUGAAACGUGACCAGAAUAAGAUUUCAGUCUGGACGGGCUAUCACACAUGUAGCUUCAUAACUCUAGCACGAAGCACAGGGAUGAUACACUCAUCAGACUUCACAAACUGAGGAGUAGCUUGCCCAUUGAUGCAAUAUGGCUUUCUUCAAUAACAGCAACAUGUCAUCAGUGAUUCCAGUCACUAAUGAAUCUGGAGACUUUUUGAACCUGGACACCUGGUCAGUUGUCUUCCGAGCUAGCUACAUUUUCUUGGAUUUCUUGGCUACCUUGACAUUCAACACAUUAACCAUACUUGUGACUCGCAGUGUUGAUGAUUUUUCAGAGAGUACCAAACUUUUGAUGAUUACCCUGGCUCUGUCAGAUCUUGGAGUUUCUCCUGUGGCUCUCCUGUCAUUCAUCUGUGAGGUCAAAGGACAUUGGCCUUUCCCCAGUUGGCUGCAGUAUUUUCAUUAUUUUUGUCUCCACACAUUGACAUCAAUUUCAGCAGUCAUUCUACUUUGUUUAAAUGUAGAUCGCUUCAUACUAGUCACAAGACCUUUCCGUCAUGCAAGCCUCAUUACUAAAAGGAGAGUUGGUAUCAUGUUAUCCUUAACAUGUGUUGGGUUUGUCUUGUCAGGACUUGUACUUUGUUGUAUCAAUAAAGUUUCUUUUGAGCGUAGUACAGUGCUUUCCAGAUUGGAGCGCUAUGAUGCACCAACAGCUAUCUAUAUCAGCUUGGUUAGUUAUUUCAUACCACUAGUGGUGGUUAUUGUUUGCAAUGUGCGUCUCCUUAUGAUCAGUUUUAGCCAGUCACGAAGACUCAGGCUUAUUGGAGCAGCACCAGCCACAGGGCCAACCACUGAUCACAACCAACAACGAGUGUCUUGGAUGGUCGCAGUACGUGGUAAAGCAGUCUUUGUCUUCAGUACCAUCACGUUUGCAUUUGCAGUCAGCUGGCUGCUGUAUUUUAUAGAGCUUUUCCUCAUUCUUAUCCACUCAGUCAACUACCCUGUAUGGUUGCAGUUCACAUCAGCUUGGGUGGCCAUGUCUAACAGUUGGUGGAAUUUUGCCAUUUAUGGAUUAAUGAACCGAGCCUUUCGUGAUUCUGUGUAUAAGAUACUGGCCAAAAACAUGCAGAAGGUACAACAGUUUUUCAGACAUCAGCCAUAGAGAGUAAAUUAACCACAGAAUAUGACAGUGGCAAAUUAUCUUCCCUUUGAAUUGGGAUCCAAAAAUGUGAGAGUUGUACCUACCGGUACAUCAGGCUUCAACCCAAGCACUAGACCUGCAUACAAAUUCUAGUAGAAACUGCUACUGGCUAGUGAAAAUAUACAUUAACUUGCCCAGCUAGUAAAGGAAUACUGACCAGUUUGAAACUGUCAUUUGUCAUAUUAGUAAAGAUGAAUGAAACAAACAUUGUGAAAUUGAUUGUGCAUGUUAUUAUUGAUUGUAACGGUUUUGAAUCCUCCAUUUCUAAGUUUUAAAACUGAGAGCAAGACUCCACAGUAAAAGUUCAAAUAAUGAAAUGAAAAAAGCCGGUCUAAGUAAGUUUUGCCAAAAAGGUCCCGUAGGCCAGUAAAAGUUCCUGCAGGCAAGUGAAACAUAUGUUAACUUGCCUGAUGGGUAGUUAAAAAAGCCUAAGGCGAAGACCUGCAUACAUGUACUGUUUCAAUUCCUACUCCAUGUUAUGUUCAGUAAAGUGGAAGAGGUAAUCUGUGAUUAGAAGAAACAUGCAAAGAACAUUUUCAAAACUUCAGUCAAACAUCAGCUACAGAUUUUUCCUCUUGUUUGACGUUUAAGAGAUAAUUUGGUUUGUGCAAGUAGUAGACUGACAAAACAGGAUAGAAAAAGGCAUAGUUUCAAGUCUGAACGCCAAAGGCUGACGAUAAUUAUAAUGACCAAAUCAAAUUGUUUGAAGUUUCACAAUUCAGGAGGAACAGAUUUUUGGACAUAAAGAUAGUGUGUUUUGCCUACAUGUAUUUUCAGUAGAGCUAUAUUCAUACUAGUAUGUGCACAUUAAGUGGCACCUCUGUCUAACAAUUCUACCAGGAAUUUCAUGUGAAAUGUACUUGAAUCUAUGACUUCCUUUCACUGAAACAUGUUGGAAAACGAAGUUCAUGUUUUGUCACUUAAAUUAAAUUUCACUUGCAAAAAAAAAGUUUAGAUUUGAUUAAAAUGAUACUUGUGGUCACAUUUUUACUGUUAAUACUGCACAGCGGGAGAAAAUACCAGUCACACUUGCAGAUAAAAACAUUAUUGAUAAUUUUGUUUCAUGUUAAUAGCAGAGCAGUUUUUGUAAAUUCAGACUCCCUUUGGGUUUAGUAAGACCUCAUGUAGACCAACCACUCGGGAAUUGUUGGCCACAUAGCUGGCUCCAAUACUGAAAUAUUGCACUGAAAUUGUCAGCAUUUGGAGCAUAAUAAGAGCCAGUACCUUUGGUAUCUGUGGCAUUUCUGGGAUUCACAUUACUUGUAGACUAUUUGUAGUGUUUAUUUACAAAGUAUUGCCCUUUAUCUCAACAUUUAUUCUCAUCUGUAAACUCUUAGUGUAAUGAUUUGUGAUUUCAAGGCAGGUCAGUAAAUGACAGAUAUACAUGCAUGUAGAUUAAAAUAAAUUAUGUCCUACUCAAUUACACUUUAGUAUGUUUUAUCUGAUGUUCUAGAUAGAACCCCUCUUUAAAACAAGAUGUUUGAUGUAGCAGCGGGUACCACAAACUAUUUCAAGAUGUACUGUUUGCAUCAGGGAGAAUUUAAUGUUACACCUUGAGAUAUGGUAGUUUGCGGUACUGGCUGCUACAUCUGACUUGGACUGGCCAACUGACCCCAGCAAGCUCGGUGGUCGAGUAGUUAAGAUGUGUACACUAUAAGCAGGAGGUCAUAGGUUUGAUUCCCACCUAAGUAGGCUUGUGAAUUUUUUUCUCAAGCUCUUGGACAAGUACUGAGUAUACAAUAUUAAGGAAUAUAAGUCAGAUAAGGUGAAAUCCUUAAUUAAAAUUACUAUGUAAUUAUAAACAAAC